CUCUGUUUAUUUACGUUCGUAAGUCAAUCGUACGCAAAUCACAAUAGUCAUUACAUACACAAAAAAAUAGAAAUUCCCAGUGUAAUGUUAACUAUAGAGCUUUAAAAAAAUGUUGUGGUACUUACCAUGGUCUGAAAGCAUUAAGAAGAGAGCCUGUAGAUAUCUUUUACAGCGUUAUUUGGGUAAUUUUCUUGAACAGAAACUUACUUUAGAUCAGCUGAGCGUCGAUUUAUACAAUGGUACUGGGACAGUGUGCGAUGUUAGCCUUGAUUGUCAGGCUCUCAAUGAAUUAGGGGACUCACAAAACUGGCCAUUACAAAUAGUUGAUGGUUAUAUGCAAGAGAUCACUGUCACAAUCCCGUGGUCGACUCUGCUAAAAGAUGACUCUAUUGUUGAAGUUAAUGGUCUCUCAGUCACAGUUCAACCCAAAGUGCGGGCUGAGCCAGCAUCAUCAAUGUUGGAAUCAAUGUGGUCUUCAAUGUCAUCGUCCAUGCAGCUAGCUGCAGAGUGCCUCCGUGACGAAGAUGGCCCUCAAGAAACACAUGCUGUUGAAGGAAUUGAAAUGUUUGCACACGCUAUUGAUUCAAUUCUGAGCAGGGUGAAAGUGAAAUUCAUAAAUACAAAAAUAAGGAUAGAGCAUGUACCCAAGAAUGGCAACAGAGGAAUAGCACUAGAGAUUCACGUAAAGAAUAUCAAUUAUUUCGACGAAGCUGGUGCUGAACCAGCCCCUGAUGUGACAAAUCCAGAAAAGACUAAGACAUACAUCGUAGCUACUUACACCAAUAAAAAAAUCAAGUUUGACGGUGUGGCUCUCUAUACUGAUGAGUUUCCAUCGAAAUUGAGAACUAUGUCGCGGAGCCUUAUCAUGGAAAAGUCUGUUUCUUCUCAACCAGAUAAGACUGAACAUAAUCCAUUUGAAACAACAGACAUAAAUUGUCAGAGUAUGGCUUCGGAUGUCUUCUAUGAAACAAGGAGUGUUUUGUCCACGAUAGAGCCAGAACUAGCAGGAGAAACUGUAACAACGUCAAGGAAUAGCACGAGUACAUCAGAAUUGUCACCGGAUGACAAAAUUAAUCAGCCCGAUCCAAUCCUUCUUGCAAAGAUAACUGGACAACAAGAGUUGUCGAUGAAGAUAAAGCAUACAGAUGAAGUGGAGGGCCCCAAAAUUGAAAUUAGAGUGUUGCUAGGAUCACUGGUGGCUUUCGUGUCUCCAAGGCAGCUCCACACCAUAACUGAGCUGAUUGACGCAUUGAAUCAACCACAUCUAGAAGAUACAAGCAACAUACCGAUGCGUUCAAACAGUGUAAACAUGCAAUGCAAACCGAUGCGACCGGUGGAUUUCCAGCUAAUAGAGGCUCAGCUGUUGGGUAACUUUGAAAGGCAAUACUCAAAACCAUCGAACAUGUACGGAUGGUCCGGUCCUAAUUAUGAAGAGAACGAGUCAGAAAACGAAAAGUUUCUUCCGAUGACGUCAGCCGGCAACCAGUUGAGCGAGAGCUUCUCGUCUACAGCCAGCUCGAUGAGCGCCAGUAUAUCUUCGAGCGUGAACCUGCCGACCAUGCAGCCUCGGAUCAAGAGAAACAAAAAGGUUCCGCAUAUCGAUGGCGAUCCAACAGCCGAAGUGUCGCACGUCAGUCUGAGACUCUCAUCGGUAUCCUGCGUUCUCUUACACAAGGAUAUUCUGGUCUCCACAUCCAGCGGCUCUGAUUGCAUUUCCCCGAGCAGCGCUAAGAAAAUGCAAGAAGCGAGCGAGAGCUUUUUCGAAGAUCUACAACCCUCACCGGCGCACGACAGCGACGUAUUCGAUUCAAUAAACAAAGCUAUAGAUAAAGCUACCGAGAGAAAUCAUUUGAGGUUGCUGUCGUCUGAAAUAACUCUGGACGGGAGCGAGAAGGUGACGUCACACGGCAGCCAGACCGUCUGCGAGGCGGCUGUCAGACAUCUCCUGGUGAGAGAGCGUCUGCAUCAUCCGUGCACGGACAGCGACGACGGCAAACCCAAAAGCUACGACUUAGUGCGCUUUGAAAAUAAAGAAGACUGCGAUGGCUCAAGUCAAAGAAGUACAGCAAACUCGCUUGCCAACAUCAGAAUUAAUUACAAGCAAACAUCCAAAUAUGUCAAAAUAUCCGGAGAAAACAAAGUCGUUUAUCCUACCACUGAUAUUGUAGUCAAAUGCACACCGUUUUAUAUAGAUGUCGACUUGACGGUGAUCGAUAGAAUGUCAGCAACGUUCUUUGGCGGGUCAGCUUCCGUUCCAAACGCUCCGGCCGCGCCCCCACCCUCACAGAACCAACUGAACCUGACACUCCAAUGUCCUGAUCUCAGCGCUAUACUUAGGUUCCCGAUAGCGGAUCUCCGUGCUGGUAUCGACCACGAGACUCGUCGGGUGCGACCCGACUACCUCACGUUCAACUUCCAGAACGCCACGAUAAGCUCCAGCCAAUCGCCGAGCAUACGACCCCAGCCGACGACAAUGACAGUGAAAUCCACGUGUUUGGAUGUGUACUAUCAUGAAAAUGACAUUUUGCCGGCAACACACAUAGCACGUGCCACGAUCGACAACAAUCCAUUUGAAAGCGACAUUUUGAGAGGGCACGCCGCAACUGCACCUUUACCAACAAUCUCAUUGACAUUCAAACCUCGGAGCCCUAGUAAGGGUCCGUUUGACUCCCUCACGGACGAGAGCUCCUUCGAACCUGCCGCGAAUACAAUGACAACGUCAAUGUACAUCAUGAACAACUUGCACAACUCAUCGCCGAGCCCGUUCAGCGGAAAGAAAACCGCUCAUCAGAGCGUUACUAAGCACGAGGGCGGACCUCAGCAAGUUUCAGAUCAAGAAGAAGAACUAAUAGUUCCAGGCAACGACGAAGAAAUGUCCGAAUUCACAACGAAUUCAAUAGAUUUAUCUUUGAUACACCUCGAAUUCGAUCUGCCUAUAUUGAGUUUGCAGUUAGAAUCGAAACAGCUAUACGAGAUAAUCUACAAUCGUAUUAAUUCCGAUUUAUUGCUGUGGGAGCCCCACGUGACUAGCGAAGAGGAAUUCAACAAGCUUGCAUGCGGUCCUAUAAAUCCAGCCUUCGGUACCUGUAAGGGAAGCGGUUACGAUUCCGAUUCGAAUAGCACGUCAUCGGAGGAAGAGCACAACUUGUACUACUCAACGUACGAUAAUAGAUUCAAGAAAGGCUUAACUAACAAUAAAUCGGAGUACGAAACCAGAGACACGCACAACUUCUGUUUGACCUUCAAAGUCGGCAAAGGGUUGCUCACGAUCUAUUCUCCAGUUAGGGACAGCAACAAACGCGUGGUUCCAGGUCAAAUGGGCGAAUUGGUACUCGAAGCUCACAACCUAUCGAUGUGCCACGUCAGCGGUCUGAAGGGCAGACCGAAGACCGCUCAACUGUGUCUCAGAGCCCAGAAGACUACGCUUUAUCAUGAAUCACUCAUAACUAUACCAUCGGGGAAGCCGCCAUUACGACUCUAUGGCACAGUGUUGCCAUCACAUCUGAAACCUACUAUUUACCCGUCAAGCAGAGGAGUUAUAAUAAAGGAACGAUUGCAAAGAAAAGACAUGUUCACAAUGGCUUUGAAGGUGGACCCGGAUUCUGAAACUCCCAAUCUCAAGACAAUCUGCAUAGCUCUGGGCAUAGAGCAAGCGACGCUGCGUUACAGAGGCGACAAAGGAAUCUCCUGGCUGACCCAACUGAUGGACGUGCUCGACGUAUUGGACUUUCCCGUCCCGGGAUACGCCCCGUCCACUGUGCUCUCGGAACUGCACGUGCACGUCGUCGACUGCGCCAUCGAUUACAGACCACUCUACCUUCCGAUCAGAACGGUGGUAACGCUGGGAAACUUCAGCGUAUCGAGUAACCUGAUAGCCGCGACAAACACAUCGUGCCUUCGCUUUCUAGCACAGGAGUGUACGCUAUUUCUGUCCUACUUGCACAACACUAAACCGAACACGACCGUGCCUCAAGACGACGAUAAACAGCCAGAUGUUAAUAAAGACUACAUUUGCGUGAUCGAUGUUGGAAUAUUCGAGCUCUCUUUGAGAAUGGAGGACAAGACUAACAACCCAAACGAUUACCCACAAGUGGAUCUAAGCGCAUCAAACAACAUGGUGACAGUACACACUUGCUGGGACUCUGCUAGCGCCCUCUGUCGACUCCUUACGUACGUGGCCUCAGAUGGAGACUCCCAGCCUCCGUAUGAUGCUUCUUCAAGGCACACCAGUAUAUGUUCUGAUCAUCCUUUGGAACCAUUAGUUGGCUUGGAAAAUAGACCAAUAGAAGAAAUACGAGAGCUGUCUCCGAGCGAGAUACAGCAGGUUAAUGAUCUGAUGGCUGAAGCAAUGAAGGAGAGUCCAAACACAACGCUUGAUGAAGAUGAUCUGAACAGUUCAACAGAGAAAGAAGGAGUAGAGAUAUUUUUCUUCCCGGACGAGUCUAAUACCAGACGGAGACUGCCAUCGGAGUCUAUCGAGCCGGAUGCGGAACCUAAAUCGAUUGAGUUCGACGAGGGCGGGCAAGAGAUCCAGGAGAAGCCAACCAGUCAAGUGGCAAAGGAUUUAGGGGACCCCACUGGAUCUCCCAAAACCCCCCAAAAGUCCAGACGAAAAAAGGUUAAAUCCGGCGGCGAUGGGAGCAACACCGACGACGAAUACUGUUUCGUGGAGACCCAACCCAGCAGUCAGGACAACGAUCUGGAUGAGCCAGUCGUGAACUGGAUCGGUUCAGGGCCGGCCUACAUGUUCGACAAUCACUUCAGCGUUCCCGCUGCUAGGACUGAUGUACUUAAAGCACCGAAGAGUUUCCCAUUGCCGAUGUUGCGGUACACGUUGUGCGAAAUGAGCAUCACAUGGAACAUGUACGGGGGCAAUGACUUCCGUAAUCCCGCCGACGCGGUAUCUUCCAAGAAAACGGUCACCAUAGAUGACAAUCGUAAAUUAGGAUCCCCUACCUCUGUAAAGCGCAGUAAAGACUACGAGCCGUACGAGAGCGGCCGCGCCAUUGCAGCCGCGUACAGAAGCGGCGGGGUCGGCUGGGCGGCGGGCGCCGACCGAGUGCGGACCAACACGCGCGCGAGCGUGAAGCGCAGGGAACUACGCACCAGGGGCGGACCUCAACGCGACCACAAGACGAAGGUCAAACUCUGCCUCACUAAAGUGAAAUUCCAAUACGAGGUGUAUCCUUCUGGUGGCAUGCACGCGUCCCGGCAAACCCUCGCGAUCAGCAAGAUCGAAGUAUUGGAUCAACUUGAGUGCAGCGACAUCAACAAGCUUCUCAGCCAGUACAAGUUGAAAGACGAGCCGGAGAGAAAAAACGCCCAUAUGUUAGUUGUGAAAGCAGUACACCUGCGUCCAGACCCCGCACUGACGGCCCAGGAGUGCUGCCUCAAGAUAUCUCUGUUGCCGCUCUGGUUCAACCUCGACCAAGACACGUUGGGCUUCUUGGUGGGAUACUUUUCUAAAUUAGGGUCUGAUGAAUGCAGCGGUGAAGACGACUCAAAAAGCGUCGGAGGUCUGUCGACGGACUCUAGCGGGUCGAGACAGACCACGCCCACCCACCGGCCCCCCGUCAUGACCAUCGCGAGCCACCUCAAGGACCCGCCCCCCACCCCCACCUCGCUGGGGGACGCUGAUGCCCUAUCGCUCAACGAAACUGUGCUUCGCGAUGAAGAGCCUCUAAUGGAGACGUACGAAGCGGAGCGUCUGGUCUCCGAGAACCUGAUCCAGCUCGAGGAAGACUUCAACAAACUGGGCAUCGAUCAAGGGAAACCGGCCGCGAAGCUACCCGUCGACGCUGAGCCCGUCGACGACUCACCGAUUUACUUCAGACGCGUGGUGUUUUCCCCGGAAGUACCCAUACGAUUGGACUACGUGGGCAAACGCGUGGACCUGUCGUCUGGUCCGGUCGCUGGCCUGCUCAUGGGACUUGGGCAACUCAACUGCUCCGAGCUCACACUGAAGAGGCUUGACUACAAACUUGGAUUGUUGGGCACUGAGAAACUAGUUCAGUGGGCGUUGCACGAAUGGCUCUCCGACAUAAAGAGGCAUCAACUACCGGGAUUGCUCAGUGGAAUAGGACCGAUGCACUCGCUUUUACAACUCAUAACCGGCAUCCGCGACCUCGUGUGGCUGCCGGUGGAGCAGUGGCGGCGCGACGGGCGGCUGGUGCACGGGCUGCGGCGCGGCGCGGCCUCCUUCACGGCGCGCACUGCCGUCGCCGCGCUCGAUAUCACCACGCGCAUCCUGCACCUCAUACAGGCCACAGCAGAGACAGCAUUCGACAUGCUGACCCCCGGGCCGACCCUGCAGCUGCAAGACGCGUACAACCGCCGGGAGAGGCGUCGCCGGCGGCGGCUGGACCCCUCGCGUCACCCUACCGACAUCAGAGACGGAGUGGCCAGCGCCUAUCAAACAGUCCGAGAGGGCUUCGCGGAGACAGCGGCGACGGUGAGUCUGGCGGCGCGCGAGUCUAGCGGCGUGGGCGUGCUGCGCAUGCUGCCCGGCGCCGCGGUGUCGCCGCUGCUGCUGGCGGCCGCGGGCGCCGCCGACCUGCUGGGCGGGGUGCGCGCCACGCUGGCGCCGCACGAGCGGGGACACUGCGCCGACAAGUGGCGCCGCCACCCUACUCCGGACGCCGUGGACGAUUGAACCGAUGAAGAAGGCUGACGCUGACCGAUCUCCUCGCAGAGACAUCUCCACAACUACCUUGAUAUUAAUCUUAAGACUUUCAGACAUAUUGGCCUAUAAAAAUAAAAAAAAUUUACACGUACAUCUAAAUAACUUUGUUAUUCAUUUGGAACAAUGCUUAUACCUCGCCGUUGAGUGGCAGUAUGAGUAUAUCUGAUUACAAUUAUGUUUAAUUAAAUCGUUUGGUCACACCAAGUAAGGUAAUGCGAAAUUUACUUGUCUUCAGAAUCGAUAUGGUUAAAAUUCCUAAUGGAAUGUUCUAGAAAAGGAUCUAUCCUAUUUUAAGUGAAAAUUAUUAAAAUGAGUACUGAUGGCUGUUGAUUUGUGACGGCUUUCGUCUUUCGAUUUCUAUGGCAUGUUAUCACUUAAGACUUCAUGAACUGUGAGCUCGUCUACAAUUUAUAGUAAUACAAAAAGACAUAAGAUAUUAGCGUAUUGAUUAAAGAAGUAGAAAUGAUAACAAAAUCCAUCAGAUAAAAUUUAACUAAUACAUGUUAAUAAUAAACCAAAUAUAUAUUAAUAUUUUACGUUCAUUAUUUGUUAAGAUAAAACGGACGAGCUAAUUUUAUGCUAAGCAGUUAGCGGAGUCAAUGGAAAACAAAAUUUGAAUCCACCCACUUUGAGACUUGAGAUAUACAGAAUUCGUCUCAUUUGGACGUGUUUCUGAAAUUGUAUAUUAGAGGAAAUUGAAGAUAAGUUGUUGAGGCUUCGACCUCAAAGGCCUCAACGUUCCGCGUCCCCAUUAUGUAGAUACUAAAAAUAAAUCGCAAAUCGUCAUUUUAAAAAGUUGCAUUGAGUGUUUGAAAUGGUGACAGAUACGUACUUUAUUAAGAUUUUAUGGGCAAGUCAUGCAAUACUUCCUCUUGUGUUUUUAGAAGCUGUAUAUUACAAUACGUUAAAAACUAUUAGCCAUUAGAAGACAUUGCGGCUGAAAUAUGUUAAAUUUUGUAUUGUGUAAUUCAUUAGAUAACUUAAGUGCAGUUGCAUGCAUUCAAUAAAUAAUAUUAAUUUUAUUAAAUAUAUACUUAUAUCUCAUGGUGGGUGGCGCAUUUACGUUGUAGAUGUCUAUGGGCUCCAGUAACCACUUAACACCAGGUGGGCUGUGAGAUCGUCCACCCAUCUAAGCAAUAAAAAAAAAUAAAAAAAAAAUCGAUCGCGUUUAUUAAAACUAAAAGUGUUUUUUUAUUGGUAUCUUUUUUUUAUAAAAUUGUGAUCUAUUUUUGUACGAAAUUGCGUAAUAAUAGGUAUGCAUGCGUUUUUAAACAAUUUAAAAGUGUAAUAUAAAUUUCAUGUUAUUAACGUUAUGAAAAAGUAAAGAAAAAUCUAAUAUUUGUUGCGUUAUCAACAGUGAUUACAUUUUUUUGUUAGCUUGUUUUUUUUUUUUAAUUGGCAGAGAAAGUAGACAGACCUACUACGGCUCCGCUUGUCGUAAGCGAUCCCUGUCGCAGACGUGUAUGCGAUAUGUAAUUGUAAAGUUAAGAGUGCCUACUGUUACCAGCACAAUAAAAUUUGCAGAAAUUAAUAGGUAAAAAUAAAAAAUAAAGACAGUAAUUUUUUUACAAUACAUCACUUGAUUGUCGCAGAGGCAACAUGGAUGUGGCAUAAAGAUAUGCAAUCUAAUUUAUUUUUAAGACUGUUUAAAUUUAAAACACUUCUAAAUUAAACCUUUGACGGUUUAAUCUCGCGUUUAUUAUUCGAUCAGUCGUCCAGUCCACGAAAAUUUUAUGAUUAUUCUUAUUAUUAUUAUUGUAUCAUAAUAAUUAUUAUUCGUAAUAUCGAAAAUUGUAAUAAAUGCGUAAUUAAAACGAAUUUUAGGGCAACAAAAUGUUUGUAUUCUUUCUAACGCUGAAAACAUAUCAAUCUGAAAGUCAAAUCAUAUGACUCCCGCAUGUAUUAAUUACUACAACAGUAAUACAAUUUGUGUGUUCAAUCGAAAUGUCCACUGGGUGAUAUUGUUGACUGAUUGUUUUGACAGAAAUAAGUUUUGAUUCCUGGCAACACAAUAUAAUUGUACGUUAUCUGUAUUCUCAAUAGUUUUUUUUAGAGUUUUACAAUUAAUUUCGAGUUUAAAAAGACUGGUGCCCCAAUUCGUAUUUAUCUAGCAUUUUAGAGCAUUUUUAACCCGCUACACAUUGAUGAGACCUUCACAAAAAUAAUGUUAAAACUGAAAUACCGAAUUAAUUUGCCAUUUUUACGUCACUAGUCUUCAUCGAAAAUUAAUGAUAGUUAAUUUGAAAUAUCCUUAAAACUGUCGUGCUUUAUUUUUUAUUACAUAAUAUUAGAUAGUAGUAAAAUGUAACGGGUGCGUUUGCAACGUUUAUACAAAAUAGCUCCUAUCUCGCAGUGGUCAAGAGCGAAAUUAAAAAAAAAACAAAUUUUCAACACGUACACUUAUUUCGUUACCUACUACGCGAAGUAAAAAAAGUAUAGAGCACUGUAUCAAUGAAAUUUAGCUGACAGGCACGUGCCGUUGAAAUAACUACCGUCCGUCUGGGUAACUUUGUCCCGACAUGCGAACAAUUUUGUAUUUAUUGUUUUACUUUUACUGGAUAUUAAAUAAAUAAAUAUUUAAUAACAAUCACGCCACGUUAACUGGUCCCGUGCUAAGUUCGUUAAGAACUUGUGUUACAGGUACCAGAUAACGUAAAUAAAUGUAAGAUUUUUAUUAUACACGUACAUAUAUUUAAUAUACAUCCAUAACCUUGGAAAAGACAUUUUAUAUUUAUCAUACAAAUAUCUUCCCUUGGCGGGAUUCGAACCCGCGACCACCUUGUGUAGUGACCAUAUCACUUACCACUACACCAGACGGCCGUUUAUAAAAAAAUUCAUAAAACAUAUGGAUUUUCCGUGUGUUUUAAACGUUUACAAUUUGAAAUUUGAGUGGUUUUGCAUUAGCAUAGAGUGCAAAUAGCACAAACUUGACAAAAAAUUGUGGGCCAAUGUUAAACGGAAAGCUUAAGUUACCCUGAUUGACGGUAGAUAUUAUUAUUAGGUGAAUAUCCUAUUCGUACAUAUACUAAUUGUUUAAGGGGAUACAAUAAAUCGGGUGCCAUGACACGGAAUGUUAAUUCCGGAAUUAACUUUGAAUUUUACGAUAAAUUCUUGAACGUCUAGAUUUUUUCAAAUUUUUUAUGUUCUUUUUAUCAUUUACGUUUAAGAAUUUUUUUAUUUUAGUUCGUGUGAUACCUUUUUUUUUUAGUUUAAGAUAUUUUAAAUCGAUAGAACAGUUAGUCUUCUUGAGAAAUAAACAAGAGAACCACGA